GCCGCGUCGGCCCGCCCACUCGAGGCCUCCGCUUAUUGAAACUGCCUCAGCGCCGCCCUCGGGUUUCACCUGGUUGCCCGAUUACGCGAGGGGAAGCUCGCGGCGUGGCCAGAGAAGGAGGCGGUGGCGAGGCCAAGCCUUUUGGCCGAAGCACGGGAGCCAGCGCUCCUGUCGCGUCUAGUCAGGGCCCAUUGACUUGGGACUCUGCGGGGCGGAGCGGGGGUCGGCAGACGCCUCAGGGGUUCGCGAAGGCCUUACGCAACAAACGGCGGCGGCGUCACGCGACGGCCCCUCACAGCCGCCUCAGCCCCGCAACAUCCGGGGAUUCAGGGCCGCGGCCUAAGCUGCGCCCUGUGGCGCUCGGUAGGGAGCGGGCAGGUAGAAAGCCGCCGCCCGGUGCGCCCUGUUAGGGUGCCGGGGCUGCCCAAGGGAGGCUCGGGCGCCAGCUCCUGGUAGGCCGCGGGCUAACUCUGGGCCAGCCGCGCACCUGAGCAGGGAUGUUGUGAACAAUCCCAUAGGUUGCUUCGGUCUUGGGGAGGAAAGGCCGGAUAAAAAUAAAAUGCAAAGAGAUUGUUCUGGCCGAAGGAGUUAAGAGGCUGUGGGAGCCCAAGUCCCCAUCUGUCAUAAAAGACUCUUGAGCCAAAAUCAUCCUGCGCCAUAGUCUGAAGGUUCUGGAAUAAAGUUGUUGAAGCCUUGGACUCUCCAGAAGAAAGGCGGGAUAUAAAUACAUGGUUAAAUCAAGAGUAAUGCUGACAUAUUUUACCCAUUUGACAUUAUGGGAUUUGUAGAGACAGUCGGAAUUGCUAUGUACCUUCAUCCUUUGCUCAACAGACCAUUCUUUGCUAAUGGGUCCAGGUAAUUUCUCAGGAGCAAUUUCAGCAAGUGCUUUUUAAAAAACACACACACUAUAAAAUAAUGGAAUUGGAAAACAGGUCACUAAUCCCUAGUGUACUGCAAGUAAGUAUAGACACGUGCACAAUAAUAGGCUAUUCCUGAAGCCCAAAUUUGAGGAGUCCUGUAUAUAUUUCUGGUAGGGAUGCUAAGAGGCUGGGGUAAGAAAUGUUAGGCUACGAUACUGCAAAAGCUACCUAUACCUGUCAGUGGCAGACUUGAAUCCACAUGGCUGAAUAAAGCGGAAAUCGUGUUAUAUAGCAUUCCAGCUAGUGGAGGGCAUUUAUUAAAACGUGCAUUGCCUUUUCUGUACUAAGCUUUCAAAUGGAAAUCUUUCCCCACCCCUUUUUUUUUGCCCCAGGUCACUUGUGAGAUCACAAGGAACCUCGCCUCUUUAAGAUAAACUGGCUGCUGGAAUUCUGCACGCCCUAGAAUCACGUGAAGUUACUUCCUGCUUUUGUUUGGUCAGAGGGGCCAUGGCUUCUUCCGUGCUGCUUGUGUUGCUGUUGGUUUGGAGGGCAGGUGAGUGCGGAGGGCGGAAAUGUCGUUUGCUAGGAGACAUGUACACAAAUGGGCUAGAGGGGAAAUUUGAAACGGCAGCAACUGUAUUCACAUUAGUCACAGAACUUUCAUGUUUAUUCACCUUCCUAUUUGAAUCUCCUGAUGUGAAGGGAUUGCUGUUCUUUCAAAAAACAAAACUAAUAGCAAGGACAGAGAGAGGUUUUUUGUGGGAAGCGUUGGAGCACAACAACCAGAACCGUGAUUCCUAGCACAAUAAAAAAAUUGUGUAACUGUCACUUAUUUUUCAGUGUAACUGUCACUACCCUGUGCUUUCAGCAUUUCACUUUCCUCUCAUCACACUUUUCAUAUUAAGUCAGGGGCUUAAUAUUAAUAAAGCAGUUCAGAUAUUGCUAGCCGGUGACUGGAAACAGUUUUUUUGUUUUAAACUUACUGUAUUUUCCCUGGAUAGAAUGUAUCUGGAUUAAGUGGGGAUAAUUUAUGGGGUGGCCUUUUGAUGUCAAUAUGGAUGCUGGGGAAAGUUGCAUGCAAGGUUUCAAUAAUAGGUUUAUGUUUCUGUGUAUCAUAUUGCAGAUAUCCAGCUAACCAGCUUCAUCGGGUUUUUUGAUGUGAAUGUAACAUCCCAUACCAUGCUUGCUUUCGUUGUGUUUAGUUUUUAUGUGUUUGCCUCCUUAAGUUGUAUUUUGUUAUUUGGGUUAUAUGGCUAAUAAUUCAGUAAAAAAUACUUUCACCAAAAAGUAUAUAUAUGAAAAAGCAUCCUGGGGAGGGGUUCUCCAAAAAGGCAAAAGAAGCAUGCAUAUGAAAUAUUUUCUUGAAAUCUAAGAACAAUUCAGGGUGAAGAAAAGUAAAAGGUCUGAGAAUCUGUUCCUCUUUUCACUAACAGACUUGGCUUCCUUGACAACCUGAUACAGACUGGCAGCUGUUUCUACAAUCAGAAAAAAUCUAACUGUUGAUUGGCUGCAAAGCAGCCCAUUUCCCACAGGAACAUUCCAGAGAAACCCUAACUACUAACAAGAAUGUCAUGACAUUUUGUGUUCUCCCAGGUGCUACGCUUCGUCUUGCCUCCUAUUAUGGCGAUCAUAUGGUACUGCAGAAGCAACCAAGUCAGGCCGUCAUAUGGGGCUAUGGGGAUCCUGGCGCCAACAUAAUAGUGACUGUUUCUAAGGAUCGCAGUGUUAUGGAAAAAAUGACAGACAUUAAAGGUAAAAAAGGCAGAUUCAAGUGGUGGCUUCAGAGCCAACAAAAAGCAGAACUGUAGUUUUUACACAUUGCUUCCUUAAAUUCUCAGAUAUGUUGCCAACAGAUGUGGUAAUGACCACCAGCUUGGGUGGCUGUAAAAGAGAUUAAGCAGAUUCAUGGAGGAUAAAGCUACUAGCCGUGGGGUUGCAUCCAACUAUGUAUUAUUGCUCCAUGUUUUUGUUUUACAAACCACCUUGAGAAUAUUUUUAGAUGUUAAAGGUGGCACGAACAUAUUUCAUAUAAACAAAUAUUAGCUUCAGUUUCGGAGGCAACAAUUGGGAUCACAAUUUGGAUCACAAUUGGGAGAAUGCUAUUGUGCUUAUGUCCUGCCUGUGGGCUUUCCAGAGGCAUCUAUAGGCCACUGUGGUCAUGGCUCUUGGUCUGAUUCAUUUGGGUUCUUACAUUUUUAAAGUAUAAAAAACUUCCCCCACUGCCCAAUCCUAACACACAGUCUCCUGAACGGCACAACUUUAUUUGGCUUCUUUGUGCUUCAAUUGCAUACUUCUGUGAGUACCAGUAGGGUACAGGGAUCCCAUAAAGAGAGAAUGUUUCUUGUGACAAAAGUUAAGCAUUGAUAAAAUGGAGGAAUUGUUGGUCCGAGAUUCUGGCAAUCUGUUGGCUUGGUUUAGGCAUGUAUACUUUCCUUGGAAUAGAUUCCAUAUGAUAAUAAGCCUGAGAUCUUAGGUGUCCUUUUUAUGUUGAGAUUCGUAGAGACACCAUUGAUCCUUUGCUGAAGAGGCUCGCCGAUCUUUCAGACAAGUCUAAACUUAAUUCUCUCCUCUUAGGCAAAGAUCCUAAAACGACCUGGCUGGUAGCCAGAUUCUGCGCCUAGAUUUGUAGGCACAGAUCAUCCUCUAGAAUAAAAUACCUUACUAGGGAAAUGCUGAAAUAGCCCUUUGGGGUGCCUCAGGGUCAAUUUUUUAUGGUAGCCCAAAUCUCAGUUGUACAGAUGUAUGUAUAUAUCUCAAUUCUAAUUCAUGAGCUAUUGCAGCAAUCUGCUCCAAUUGUAUAUUUUAAUUUUUAUGAACGCUGUUUUUAUUGUGUUAUGUUAUGUGAGCUAGUCUUUGACCAUAAUAAAUUAUCUAGCUAAGCCUGAGAUCUUUGUAAAUUCUCUCCCCCCCCCCAAAAAAAAAGGCUCUGGGAUCUGGAAAGUACUCCUGAGUCCUAUGGCCCAAGGUGGCCCUUUCAAUAUACACAUACGGCAGUAUUGGAUGGGAAAGGUAUCAAAUGUGACGUUGACGGAUGUCUACUUUGGAGAUGUCUGGUUUUGUAGUGGACAAAGUAACAUGGAAAUGACAGUUUCUCAGGUAAGCCGCAUCACUAUAGAGUGCAGCAUAUGCUCCAUUGGGAGGAAAAGUACUGAUAAAGGCCAAGUUCGGACAAUAUGCAAAGCCAUGAUUUCUGUUUCUUAUGCAGGGGUGGGAAACAAAUGACCCUAUAGAUGUUGCUCAACAACUCCCAUCAUCUCUGAUCACUGGCCAUACUGGCUGGGGCUGAUGAGAACUGGAGUCUAACAACAUUUGGAGGGCUAGAGGUUUCUACCCUUGAGCCAAACCUGAGCCUGCCUCCCAAACUUUGAUUUGAUUGUUGCUGACAAGUCCAGAUCUGAAACCAUGGGUUCAGGCUUUCUUUCAGGUUUGCUAUUGUGUCUGAAUUCACAGGUUGCAGUUAGGGCCAUUGCUUUGCUUCAGGAGGUUGCUGCACAUGCAAAUGGGAAUGAAUUUGAUAAGCUUACAGGCUGAUGGCUAAAUGUGUGGAUUAGAAGACAACAGAAAUAUUGUGCUCUUGUGUUGUUCAGCCACUCCUCCGACUCAGUCAAGGGAGGGGAUCCCGCCUUCUCUCUGGGCAGAGGGGAUUGGGUGGGCUCGUUUGUCCUAGUUUCUGAGUCUCGCAAUAGUGACUCCUGCUCCAGUCGGGCCUCAGGGACCUCAUUUUCUAAAGUUGCUUGUUGUAGCUCAGUUGCCAGAUCGACUCCCUUCCCUCCUCUGUUUGCUUCCAUAUCCUUCCCAUGCCAGGUACGGUCGACAGACCAUUUGUGAGUGUACAGGCUCUCCAUGUUUCUUGUAUCUUCUACUUUUGGUUUGAAAUAGUAUAAGAUUUUGGCCUGGUUUUUCUUUGGGGGUGGGGGUUUGUGCAGCUUGUGUAAGAGAAAAUCUCAGUUCUUUAUAACUCUUUCUUAUGAGUACCAUCCCCAGACUAGAUUUGGGUUACUUUGUCCUGUCCGUAUAUUUGAGGGCUUUGUUUUGAACUUUGCUUAACUGUAUUUCAGUAGAAUCUGCCCUGUUUCCUAGAUAUUCAAUGCCAGUAAGGAGCUUGCAGAGGCUUCCCAUUACUCACUCGUCCGUGUGUUUUCAGCCGGUCUUGUCCAGUCCGAAGUAGAACUGCAGGACCUUGCCAGCGUCAGCUUGCCGUGGUCUAUUCCGACAGCCAGUAAGAGCCUUUUUUUUUUAAAAGCAAAACCUCCGGCAAACCAUCUGAAGCAGAGGUUUUGAGUGUGUUCUGUCAAAAGCAGGCAUCUUCUGUUUGUGGUUUGGCCGGUGGAGUAAGAGUUGAACAAUUUUCCUUCCUGAACUGUACCAUGGACUUCAAGGUAAAAAAAGACCUUGAAGAUUUAGUUAAUGGAAGCAAGCAUCUCAAAUAUCUCUGCCGAUCAACGGGCACUUUCAUUCUGGCUCAGAUACAUGAUGAUCCACACAGCCUGCUACACAGUUUCUGAGAGUGGCCAACAUUAGCUGCUUCAGCAGAGCAUGUAGUAGUUCUUCAGUAUUCCAUUCCCUUACCUAUCACAGCUGUACAAUGGCUAAUAUAUGAAAAUACAGCAGCAGAAAUUAUUUUUGUAAUACAGCAUUUAGUUGUAUUACAUUUAGUUGCAUUAUUAGUUUGCAAGUUUGUAUAUGUUCUAAAGUUUCUUUUAACAUUGCAUUGAACAGAGAACCUUGGCCAUGGAGACUUCAGUUACUUCUCUGCUGUGUGCUGGCUCUUUGGCCGGUAUUUGUUCGAGAAGCUCAAGUAUCCCAUAGGACUGAUAGACUCCUCCUGGGGAGGGACACCAAUAGAGGCCUGGUCUUCCAAGAGGGCACUGCGGGAAUGUGCAAUCUCAGGAUACUCUAAAAAGUAAGGAGGGUUAAUGACAGUAUGCUCUGUUCCUUCCAGCCGUGUUAGACUGGUUCCUCAGUACACUGAAUGCUUUCCACUAUUACAGAAUAUUGUGUGCUCACUGGCUUUGCAGCACCUCCUUCCUGUGCGGAAACAGCACACAAGCAUCCACACAACCUGUGGUCCUGCAGAUGGUGUUGGACUCAAACUCCCAUCUUCCUUAACCAUUGGCUAAGCUGAUAGGAGUUGGAGUCAAACAACAUCUGGAGGGCUGCAAAUUUCCGUACCCCUGGCGUAAUCCCAUUUGGCACUAGAAAGGCAGUGCAGUGUGCCUGACUUGUGCCUAGUUUCUUACAGGUCGGAUGAAUAACCUUAGACCCUGCAAUCAUUAUGAUAGGAAUGUAAGAAGAGUAUACUUCCCCCGCCCAGAAGCCAACCAGUUACGUUUAGGAGGUCCCCAAGCAGGACACAGGGACAUUAACCACCUACUUCUUUCCUCCAUCACCUAGUAUCCAGAAGCAUGUUGCCUCUGAUCCUGAAGGCAGCAGUGUAGCUCUCAUGACUAAAAACCAUUGAUAACCUUAUCCUCCAUGAAUUUGUCUUAACCAUUGGCACAUAUUGUGGAAAUAUGGGGCGCGGGUGGCGCUGUGGUCUAAACCACUGAGCCUCUUGGGCUUGCUGAUCAGAAGGUCAAUAGUUCAAAUCCUUGUGACAGAGUGAGCUCCUGUUGCUCUGUCCCAGCUCCUGCCAACCUAGCAGUUUGAAAGCACACCAGUGCAAAUAGAUAAAUAGGUACCGCUGUGCCGAAAAGGUAAACAGCGUUUCUGUGUGCUCUGGUUUCUGUCAUGGUGUUCCGUUGCACCAGAAGUGGUUUAGUCAUGCUGGCCACAUGACCUGGAAAAGCUGUCUGUGGACAAACACCAGCUGCCUCGGCCUGAAGCAAGAUGAGCUCCGCACCCCAUAGUCGCCUUUAACUGGGCUUAACCGUCCAGGGGUCCUUUACCUUUACGUUUUUUUAUUGAGGAAACAUAUUCCAUGACCUGGGAAAGCUGGUGUUUUCUCUUGGUUUAGUUCUAACAUGGUUUAAAGGGUUCAGUCCUUGAACAUGUUAUCGGCAUGAAAGCUUUUCUACAGUUUUGCUGUUUUAUUCUGACAGUAAUGAGAGAGGUGUAUGUAACAAGAUAUUUGCACAAAUAGGAUGAGUUCAGUGAGGGGCAUAUUUUCUCUGAGGUGUACAGAUACCAUGACAAAAUAAAUGAUGUUGCUAAUGUAUUCUACUUUAUGAAAAACCAUUGAAACAUUUUUUUAAAAGAGUUACGUUUAAAAGCCUCUGGUAAGACAUAUAUGACCAGGACAGCUUCAGAACAAUGCAAUAGCAUAGCCUGAGCUGUGUAGGUGUGUGCUUAAUCCUUCAGCACUCUCUGAUCACAGAUAUUCAGAAAAGUGCUUCACCAGCCGGAAAUCAAGCAUUGGCUACUUGCUGUAAAUUCUUUUCUAAUUGGUCGAUCUCAUAUGUUGCAGGGCUGCUUCGUUAUCCAUUGAUUCUGGCCCCAAAGUAUUAUCGGUGCUCUGGAACGCCAUGAUUCACCCUUUUCUCAACAUGACCCUCCAAGGUGUUAUUUGGUAUCAAGGUAAGUAUUGAAGGAAUGGGUUUCUGUGUAGUAAGUUUAAAAACUCACUCAACCCACCCCCCUUUUGUUCUUUCAAAAGAGAGCACUUUUAAAUGCGUAAAACUUGAACUGUUGAGCAAAACCAUAAUAAGGACACAACUGCAUAAACAGUUCUGUCCUUUAUCAGGACAGGCAAGGGAUGGCCUUGGCUCCCCAGGGGAACAACAAAAACACGUCAGAACUUUAUCUUAUGUUCUGACCACAAAAUACGCACAAGACCAAUGUCCGGGAAAAACGCCAAAAGCGUGUUCCCGGAGAUUAUGACGUCUUCCCAGAUAAGAGUAGGAAGAGGAAGAUCCUUUUAUGGUCAGUAGUACAGGAAGGAAGAUCCUUUUAUGGUUGAGAGUACCAGAGCAGGAACAUAAGUGAUGUCAACCUGCGUAUACAAGUUGACGUGGCUGGGGAAGGGGGAGAGGAUGCCUGGAGGGUAUAUAUACUGCAUGAAACUUGUCACUUCUUUGGACUUGCUGUGGACUCACCACGCAACUGCCUUCUGCUAUCCGGAGAGCAGAAUAAACUCUUUCUUUGAACCAACUCGGUGUCAUUUUGACUUCCUUCCUCCUGUCACAGAGCAACGCAGACCCAAUCGGUGAACUCCAAUAAGGCUACAGUAUUAAUAAUAAUAAUAAAAUUAUUAUUUAUACCCCUCCCAUCUGGCUGGGUUUCCCCAGCCACUCUGGGCAGCUCCCAACAUCAUCAUCAUAAUAAUAAUAGGCAAUAAAACAUAUAACAUUAAAAACUUCCCUAAAUAGGGCUGCCUUCAAAUGUCUUCUAAAAGUCAGAUAAUUGUUUCUUUCCUUGACAUCUGAUGGGAGGGCGUUCCACAGGGCGGGCGCCACUACUGAGAAAGCCCUCUGCUUGGUUCCCUGUAACCUCACUUCUCGCAGGGAAGGAAUCGCCAGAAGGCCCUUGGUACUGGACCUCAGUGUCUGGGCAGAAUGAUGGGGGUGGAGACGUUCCUUCAGGUAUACUGGUAGACCCCACAACAGAGUUGAGCAGGCAUUGUGUCACUAUAGUUACCCCAUCUGGGCUAUUUCCUGCUUUGUAUGCCCUACCACAGGUGAAGCGAACACCCUUAUAGACACCAGUCUGUACAACUGCACAUUUCCCGCACUCAUAGAAGACUGGCGGAAAGGCUUCCACGAAGGGUCUGAUUGGCAAACUCAGCGGUACUUUCCCUUUGGCUUCGUCCAGGUAAGUGGCCGUAGGGUGGUGGCUUGAGCCCUGAGCUAUCAGCUUUGAGACAACUGCAGGAAGGCAGCACUUUGUGCAAGCAGCGGGAGGCAGUAUCAAUUUGUCUCCCAUCCUAGCUAUUUCCUACGUCUUGCACCACAGCCGAGUAUUUUCUCACAUCUGUCUUCAGACCUCAGCCCCAUCCCCAAUACAUAUUGUGUAGAACCACUCACUCCAUGUCCUGACAUGAUCACAUUGCGGGUUUCUCAACACCCUUCAAUACUGCUGGUGGUUAAGUGAUUCUACAAAUGAUGGAAGACAGGGUGGUAGGCUUUGGAAUGUGGGUGCCAUUCUUAGGAGCAAGCUUGAGUCUUGGAUAACAGAGUAAUUCAGGUGAAUUCUUUGUGUGGCCUUACAUCUCCAAUGUCUUUCCUUAGCAAUAUGACAGUUGCUGCCUUUGUCUAUGUCUGUAAUGCAGAAGCAGCCUGUGGGUCUAUUGCAGCCAGCCGAGUCGCCUGCCCGUUCAUGAUCUGGUGUGUAUGUGAUGUGUGUAUGGUUCACAGUGUGAGCAUCUAUGGAGUAGCCAUCACCACCACUGACAUACCCUUCCCACAGGGUAUGCAAGGUGGUGAUGUGGUCCUCAAGUCUGGAAUACCUAACCACCCAUGCUGUAAAAACUCUCCCUUCUCUGUAUCCUGGAUCAGAAUGCAGGUUCUGGGUCUGCUGCAAGAGAUAUUUCCAGCAGUGGUUCCUUUUCCGCUGGCCUGUAUUGCUUCUCCCACCACUGCCAUUACUUUGAUCCCAAAAUGUGUAGGUGUCCUAUUUUCCACACUCCGUAUGUUUCUGAUGGGCAACAUGCACACUGUUUGCUUAGAGUUGUUACUCUGAUUCAACAGGCAUGGCUUCCCUUAAAGAAUCUUGGGAACUGUAGUUUGCUCAGGGUACUUACCUCACAGACCCACAUUUCCCAGCAGCCUUAACCAUCAAUAACUCCCAAAAUUCUUUGUGGCUGCUAAAGUGGUAUAAGAAUGCUUUAGAUGUAUGCUGUGGGUGCUGUCAUUGAGCCAUGUCUGUCUGCAGGAAGCACAAACAAAAAUAAUUCUAUGACAUCCACAGCUGGAGAUAGGUUUCGUCUCAGAAUAUCAAAUGUUGUUCUGUGUUGCAGUUAUCUACAGUUCGCUCUGUUGAACAUAAUGACAACUUUGCACGUAUCCGAUGGCACCAAACAGCAGACUAUGGCUUUGUCCCUAAUAAGAAAAUGCUCAAUACUUUCAUGGCUGUGACUAUAGAUCUUGGUGAUGAAAAUUCCCCCUAUGGAAGGUAAAGAUAGCCCACUUUCUUUCUUCGUCCAAACCCGCCCAAACCAUCCAUAAAGAUUUUCAGGUAGCCAAAUCUCUUCUAUAACAGAAGGCAUCUGGAGAUGGAAACCUUUGCCUCUUAUUGGCCAGGAGUCUAAGAUGACCUAGAAUCUACACCGAUGCUCUUCAGACAGGUGGAGGGAGGAGAUGGGUAGCCUGGGAGGCAGAGGCAUGAUGCGGGGGAGAGAGGGAGGAACAGUGGAAGGAGAAACGGGUACAGCUGCUGCCAUACAUGAGAACAGCUGCUGCCCCAGCUGGGUCUGGUCCAGCUGCUGGCAGAAUUCAGCAGCUAGACUGGUGACUGGGAGUGGCCGCCGGGACCAUAUAACACCUGUCCUAAAGGAUUUUCAUUGGCCCCCAGUGUGUUUCUGAGCACAAUUCAAAGUGUUGGUGCUGACCUUUAAAGCCCCAAACAGCCUCAGCCAAGUAUACCUGAAGAAGCAUCUCCAUCCCCAUCGUUCAGCCUGGACACUGAGGUCUAGCUCCAAGGGUCUUCUGCUGGUUUCCUCCCUGCGAGAAGCAAGGUUACAGGGAACCAGGCAGAGGGCCUUCUUGGUAGUGGCACCCUCCCUGUGGAACACCCUCCCUUCAGGUGUCAAGGAAAUAAACAACUAUCUGACUUUUAGAAGACAUCUGAAGGCAACCCUGUAUCGGGAAGUUUUAAAUGUUUGAUGUUUUAGUAUGUUCUGAUAUGUGCUGUGAGCCGCCCAGAGUGACUGGGGAAACCCAGCCAGAUGGGCGGGGUAUAAAUAUUAUCAUUAUUUAUUACACAUAAGACAGGGAAGUGGUCAAUGUGCAAGAGAAGCACGGCAGAAAAGGUAGGAGUAGAUAGCAUAAGGAUCCACCUUAAACUGAGUCAGCCAUUGGUUCAUCUAGCUCAGUAGUGUCGAGUGAUUGGCGGCAGCUUUCCUGAACUUCAGACAGUACUCUGUUCUAACCCUGCCUGGGAAUACUAAAGAUAGAACCCAUGAUCUAUUGUGUGGUAUCCAAAGGACUUGUUCUGUUAGCACCCUAUACCCUCAGAUCUGUUCUGGAGGGUAUGGAGAACACUCAGAACAAAUAAAGGAGGCAUGUGUGAGGAGGGGGAAGCUUCAUUGUACAAGCAGAAAUCCUUGCCCAUGGAACUACUUGCUUAGCACUGCAGUGGCUAUAACACUGAGUUAUGCUCCUUCUAUCUAACAGUAGAUAGAAAAAGACAAUCAGCUGAGAGACUGCAUCAAGGACUUGAUGAAAAAGCUUUCCAUAGAGUUUGUUGAUUGGUUGCUAAUGGCAGCCUCUAGGAAACUGGAUUAAGCACUUUUGCUGUAUUCUUCCAUGUACUGCAUAACUUGCUAUCUCUUCGAGAUUUUUAGGGGGAGAAAGGAAUGACAAAGAGCAUGGAGAGAGGGGCAGAGCCAAAGGAUGGAGACUGUAUAGAGAUGGGGGUGAGGAAAAAGAAGACUAGGGACAGUGGCAGUAGAUGGACAAAUAAGAGCUAUUGCGGGGGGGUGGGGAUUGCUCGAUCUGUUGCCCUCCUUCCUCAGACAACUGUUAUGAAUCUCAACUAACACAAUUGUUCUCAGCUAGCAUAACGUUUCUCUACAUCCAUGAGAGCUAAAUGGGAUUUUUAUGAGAAUUGGAAAAAAUGGUUGGUUUUGUGUUUUGCACCCAGUACCUACCUUAACUCAGUAAAUCUGCAGGGCUGGGGACUGAACAGAACCCCAGUAGUAAUCUCCUCCUUUCUUCCCUCCCACUACUACUUUCCCUUGCUUUGCAGCAUCCAUCCUCGAGAUAAGCAGACAGUGGCCUCUCGAUUGCUCCGUGGUGCCUUGGCAUUAGCGUACGGUGAUAAAAGCAUCGUUUUCCAAGGCCCAUACCCUGAGAGAGUAGAGGUGGAUGUAGCCCGCAAAAGUAUCAAUGUUUCCUAUAAAGGAGAUAUCCUGCUUCGCCGCUUGACCAAUAACACGUUUGAGGUAAGAACCGCAGGGGAAAGGGGUACUCUUUCUGCCAUGUACCAUGUGGGGAAAACACAGAGUUGUGCUGCCCAUUAGACAAGCCGUUCAUUCAUCCAGUUUACUCAUUCCUGAAUCCAGCAGCACCAGUCUGGUUUGUGUCCCAUAAGAAAGAACAGACUGAACGGAUGUGGACCUGCUAUAUUUCUAUCCUUUAUGUUUUUACCAAUUCAGAUAGCAAUAUUAGAUGCCAGUAUUAUAUUAUUCCCCUUAACUGGGCUUGUAGCAACUUCAGGAAUGGAGGAAUAGGGUGACUAAAAACCAAUGGUUUUUUAAAAAAAAUAAUAAUAAAAUUGAUUUUUAUUUAAAUCGGGUUUUUAAAAAAUAAAAUGCUUCUGGAGGAAAAAUCUUUCUAAAGAUAGUUCUUUAUUUAAGUUACAUUAUUGUCCAAAGGCUAUUCAUCAGGAAAUAAGGAUUUGUUUUAAGUUUUUCCUGUGUGCUAAAACUCAGUCUAAGUUUUCUUUUAAAAAAUUGUUUAACCACAUCAAUUAACAAACAUGAGUACAUCUGCUAUAAUGUUAUUGUUUUAGUUAAAUAAAUUGUUUAAAUUGUUAUUAAGGAAAUCAUUAUUUUUCUCCUUCCAAUAAAGCACAGCAGAAAAGUUGUCCAAAUAUAAACAGUUAACUUAUUAAACCUCACAAUAAUUUCCAUAAUUAUCUGUCUGUGUAUUUCUAAUAGUAUAACCAAAUCUGUAAUUUUUGAUACAACUGUAAAAACUAUUCUGAAAACUGAUUAUUCCAAAAAUGAAACCUUCAUCUGGUUGUAAAUAUUAAGAUUAUACCAGCAAGAAUGAGUCUUUCUGUAAAAAAAGAAAGAAAAAGAUUUAAAUCAAGUCUUACUGUCUAGUGAUUUAAAUUGUGAUUUAAAUCAAAUCCACCCUGGUAUUAGAUGAGGAAGACAACAUAGUGGGGAAAGGGUUACAUGCGCUCUUGCCUAGCACUGCUGCUCCUAUCUAAUUUCCAUUCCCCAUUGACUGCUUUGUGGUGGGGGGCAGAUCAAAACAUCAGCAUGCCUGAUCAUGGCUCCACUGAAUAAUGUGUACUUUGGCCCAGAGUCUGGUGCCAAGUGCAUCUUCCACAAGCUGAAAAGGAGCUACAUGUGUGGAAUGACUCUACCAUUCUAGGGCUUUAGUUCCUAGGGCUUCAUCUGAAGCAAGUUUGGGUAAGUCCUCUAUCUCUCUCUUUGGCAGGUGUGCUGCUCUGCAGAGUCAUUGUGCCAUUGGAGCCCAGUAUCCAUUGCUACCAGCGCUUCCCACACAGUGAUUCUGCACAACCCAGAGUGCCCAAAUAGCACCGUCGGCCUCCGCUACGCGUGGAAUGAGUGGCCAUGCGACUACAAGCUAUGUCCCAUUUACAACACAGAAGGAUUGCCUGCCCCUCCGUUCAUCACAUUUUCGCAGAAGAACUCUGGUUGGAAUAUAUCGUGAGCAGAAAGAUGGGUGGACAGUCUUAUAUUUUGGCCUCACAGGCUGCCGUAUGAAGUUCAGAAAAAUUGUAGUGGCAGAUUAUGUUUCACCAGGCCUUUGGUCAGGGCGCAGCCUGACUCCCUCCUCUGGCAAUCUGCACAGAAUUUUGCUUAAUAGUUGCCAUCAAUUUGAUUUUAAUUAAUUUUUAUAUUGAAAUGUUUUUAGAAUGUUGGCUUAUUUGAUUGUUGUUAGCCGCCCUGAGCCCGGCUUCGGCUGGGGAGGGCGGGAUAUAAAUAAAAUUUAUUAUUAUUAUUAUUGUUAUUUAUUAUUCUCUGACAGAGAGGGGGGAAAAACCUUAAAAUUGCGGGUUGUGGUUGCUUCUCAGAAAAGAUUAUAUAGAAGUUGCCUCUGGGGAACUUUCAUUGCACUUAGCACUUGCAUGAACCUUUAAUGGUCCCUUCUUCACUGCCUGCUCUGAAGUUUUGCAGAAACCGCAUCAUCUUGGUGAAACAAGGCAAACUUGCUCAAAAUUCUCUCUGUGCAGCUGUUCAAAGGAAAAGGCCUAAUUUGGACCACGGCUUCGGACUAAAGCAGGUGUAGCGCAACAUAAUACAUUUGUUUGCUACUUCUAGAACAUAGCUGAGUUGGCUCUCAUGGGGACUCUCUUGGGUUUCCCCUGCAGCUUUUGUUCCAGAACUACAAUAAAUUGUUUCACCUGGAGUAACACAUACAACUCUGUUCCACGUAGGUUAAAUUCUAUAUUGAAAUUCCCUAAUUUUGUUACCAGGCUUCUACUUUGAAAAAGGGAAUACAGUAAAGUUAAAAGGUAAAGGACCCCUGGGCAGUUACCGUAAGUCCUGUCAAAGGUGACUAUGGGAUUGCGGCGCUCAUCUCGCUUUGAGGCUGAGGGAGCCAGCAUUUGUCCACAGACAGCUUUCUGUUUAUCUACUUGCACUGGCAUGCUUUCAAACUGCUAGGUAGGGAGGAGCUGGGACUGAGCAACGGGAGCUCAUCCCGUUGCGCAGAUUCAAACCGCCGACCUUCUGAUUGGCAAGCCCAAGAGGCUCAGUGGUUUAGACCAUAGCGCCACCCACAUCCCCUGCCCCCCAAGAAAGGGAGUAUUAGUAUUUUUCUACUUAUCACUAUGAAAAUCUUUGGCCACAGCCAGAAGCUAUGGAAGUUUUUCCAGUAGAGGAUUGUGAUAAACUUGAUUGACUUCACCACUUAAGUGGAACUUAUUGCAUGUCUGCUUUAGAGAAACAGAGAGCCAGCCUUUUGACUGCUGUGAUCCCUGAAUGCAUCGUGUAAACACAAAUAAAGUCUUCUGUAGAACUUCCCCCCUCUCGUAUGUAGAUAUUCAUAUACACUUAUGUUAUUAAAACUCAUACAUUUAACUCACUAAGAUUUUGUUAAGCGGGCCCAACCUUUUUACAGCAUGUGAGGUUAAAUAUUUUCUCUGGCAAAUUGCAGCAGUUUAAACAGUUCUUUUCAGGCACAGCUUAAAGGAGUCAGUUCAAAAGUCAGAAAUAUAGGACUUCGGUUUCCUCAGUUGUGCCUUUAAAAAUAAAAUUUAGGAAAUUAAAUGCCAACAGUGUAUUGUUGUAAUGUUGUACUUGUGAAUUUAAUAGCAAACAAAGUCAGAGAGUGCGGGAGUUAGAGAUGGCCACAUUCAUUCUAUUCUGAGCGUAUUACACCUAUGUUAAAAUUAACACUUGCCUUUUUAUACAGUCACAGUUUACUUUUGCAGCUUGAGUAAGGCUACAAACAUGAGUUUGUGCAUUUCUCAUUACCCUAAUGGAUGUGUUUAGAGGCGUAAGUACUCCGAUCUGGAAACAGAAGACUUAACACACGUUAUACAUUUGCACACACAGUUGCUAACCUAUACAUACCUCCAUAGAAAGUAGAAUGGGCUUACUCUCAGCUGUGUGUAUAGGAUACCAAACUUUUGUUCCCUCCAUAGAAGUUAGCACCACUGAACAUAGUAGGACUUCACAGUAAACACUAUUAUAUAAAUAUAAUUGUGAUUGCAAUCAGAACUUUCUGGUGAUCACACCACAAAAUAUACAUGAUUUUUAACUUUUAUUUUGGAAAAUAUUUAAAAUUGUGCUAAAACUGCUGUAUGCAAUCCUGAGAGUAAGCUCCACUAAACCCAGUGGGACUUAUUUCUAAGUGAAUAUGCACAAGAUUGAGCUGCAAAUUGUGAAUGUGGCAGCCUUAUUGACAAAACAGACAGAAGAUUUAACCUCAGCAAAUCCUGACUCUGUGAUGUGUGAUAAAUAACAAAAUAAAGAAUGAAAUAGU